UCUGACUGGGACUGGCAUUUGCCACAAUUAUUUGUGUCAGCUUGUCAAACUAGUUGGUUCUGAUGGGAACCAACUUCUUGUGUUUCAUCUGGCACAAGUUGUGCGGAGAUCAUGGAGAAGCAUUUGGAGCAGUCUGUGCUGUCAAAACUGCCAUAUGGUUAUGACUCGGUUACCAGGCAGUCGUAGUCGAGCACUGAAGAUGUGGGUAUAGAUCCUUCACUUGACCUUCCAAAUUAUGGAAUUCCAUAUCGUGGUGCUGUACUGCUUUGCUGCUUGCAGCUUCAGUCAUUGCAUAUUUGCAUAGGCUGCUGGAUGUUAAAAGUUGGUAUGCGAUCUCAUUAGUUAUAUGCAAAAGUUGAGCUCCUAAAUAUCAAAAUUUAGUUAUCAAAUCAUCUCUAUUUUAAGAGUGCCUCUUUCACUGAUGUGAUGGUUCUGAUUACCUAUUGCAUCUUGAGACUUCCCUGAAUAUGCUCCCACUAAGUUGCCAUGAAACUUGAAAAAAUUAUUUUUGGAAUGUCUCACCCCAAAUCAGGUCGAAAUUUACUUUUCUCAGCAUGCUUACUAACCUCUUCCGUUGAUACAUAAGACCAUAAGUGAUACUUGAGUCUGUAGAGUGUAGACCAUUGCAUAGGAAAACAUUUGCAUUGGAUUUAUCACAUUGGGAUGCAUUGUAAUCUUCAAAUGUUAGUUAUUGAAUGGAAAGAAAUGGACUGAAAAUGUGUGAUGCUGCCACAAAAUGAUAAUCUGCAUUAGUAUAAUGUACAUUCCAUAGAGUGGCAAAACUCAACCAGGCACAAAUUUCAUAGUACAUCUCUUUUUGCAUGAUAGCUAGGUUCUUGUAUGUCCUGAAUGCAUCCAAGAUUCAUGCUCAAGAAAUUUAAUGUGUAAAUUUGUUGGCUUGUUGCAAACCUAAUUGACCUCUAAUGAACUGAUGUGCAUUUAAUUAAGAAUUAUUUCUGAGGAAAAAAACAUUCGGUCAAUAAUUAACUUCAUCUUUCUUCACAAAAAGGGAAAUUACCUAACUGGAAUCACAAAUAACUACGGCAUAGCUUCUGAUGCUGGUCAAUAUUGGCAUAGCUAACAGCAGGAACAUAGCUUAACCUUUUCUAGAACAAGCUUUUUGCUUCACUUUUUGGCAAGGUUCAAGAGCAAAGAAAGCAUAUUUUCUAUUUCUGAAAAAAGCAAAGGUUUUUGAAUUUUUUUUAUCACUUAGGAUGUGGAACAAAUGUGCUUUUAGGCAUGUACAUGUGAUAGACCAUCACGUACCAUGUGAUGUGGUUUUCAAUUGCCUUGUUCAGUGCCAGAGCCUCAGCUCAACACCUUUGUCUUCUGCAAGACUAAGAGCGAUGUAGGAGCCUUCCAACUAGAUGACAUUGGAGAGGAGUUUGUGGACUUGGUUGUAGACGACUUGUAUGUUCUUCGGUACAAGUCCAUCAAGGGCCUCGUCGAGGGAGGCCGUAUUGACCUUAUCUGAUGUGAAUAACAAAUCGGUGCCUGCAAGAGAGUGAGUAUUGGAGAUGUGACAGCUAAGGCUUAGAACAUAUCAUGAACGUUUUGGUCCAAAACAAACAUACCCCGCUAUAAAACCCUAAUCACCGGCUCCUCAUAUGGUGGAUCUCCACUCACGCCAAGACUAUCAAUCGUGAAUUUUCCACUCAUACACAUUCACAACUCAUGGUAGCCAAUGCAUUCAAUAAUCAAUCAAGGUAACAUAAGAGUGCAAGAAAUACAAUAAAUAAAUAGGCCAUGCUGGUUCAUGUCACAUUAACAGUAAUAAAUGAUAGCAUAUCUAGCAAACAAUGUCCAAUAGGUAGGCAUGAACCUAGUGGCUCCUCGUAGUACUCCUAGGUCUCCUGGUAGUCUUGGUCGUCGGUCGACUCCUCGGCAGCACGUCCUAUUCGUAAUUACGUAUAAAUAUAGGGGACAAAGUGUAUAAAUGCACAAAACUGCUCAAAUAAGACCCAACUCACAAGAAAAAUUACUCUAACGGGUAGAUCAUGAUUUUAGAAGAAUUAUGAAACUGGUUUCAUAAUUUUCAGAGCUUCGGUUAAUUAUUAUGAUUUUUUGAAGUUUAAAUCAUUUUUUGAAAUUAAAUAAAUGUUUUUUGGAAAGAAAAUAACAGUUAGCGACACAUGGCAGCCUCUGGGCGUGCCACGUGGCAUGCUGACGAUAUUAUGACAUCAGCAAUGACGUCAUCCAGGGGGUCGGGUCUUGCUAAUGUCAGCAUGACCAAUGCUGACAUUAGCGUUGACCGGUCAACGUUGACCAGUCAACAGUCAAUGGGUCCACGGGUUAUGGGGCCCACUGUCAGCCACUGUGCGUCACUGACAGGUGUGACCCAGCUGUCGAGUUUCCAGGAAGAAAGAAAAUGGGCGGUUCGGCUAUGGGCUCGAAGUGGAAUUGGGUUGGAUCGGGCAGCCCAACAUCGGCUGGGCUUCGUUUCAGCUAACAAGUCCGGCUUGGUCUGACGGCAACCUGGGUUUCAGCCCACCUCUUCUCUUCUUUUCUUCUCUUUCCUUUCCCUUGCUGACGGAUCGAGCCCGCUUGGCGGCGCUUCUUCCUCUCUCUUGCUCAUGGGCCCCGCGUGUUGGCAGCUGUAGGGUCCGAUGUAACCAUGGCGAGAUCCGGUGCGGGUCAACACAGGUGUGGCCAAGCGAGUGCGGUCCGUCUGCGUGUGUCCCCCUCGGGUGGAACGCUCAUAGAGCGUUCGAUGGAAGGCCCUAAAGGGCUGGCCGCGUUGCGGCGUGACGCUGUGGCCGCGUGCGUGCCAAGCGUGGCGGUGGCGAGGCCACGACGCGCCUGUGGUAGGUUGGUGAUGGGCACGGUGAGGGCAAAACAGCAGCGGCGACGGCCGGGUAGCACAGCGGCGGGGCAAAAGGGCUCGGUUCGGUUCAACUCAGGUUGUGCAAAGGCGAGGCCAAAGGUACAGCCCUUGGCCGGUGCCCGCGGGAUGCUUGCCGGGCGUGGCCAUGGCGUGCCCACGGCGAUCUGGUUCACUGCUGCAAAGCAGCACCAGAGGCAAGCGGCGCAGGGCAGCCGAGGCGAGCGAAGGUGUCGCCUUGGCUUGCCGGAGCUGGGGUAAUGCGCGCACGCGCGGGUUCCUGGCUUUUCCAGGUCCGCGACGUGGCCGUGCCAAGCAUGCUCGGCAUGACGGCACAAGGGUAGGUACUGCGGGCUGUGGGGAGAACGGCGACACGACGACAGGAUCUUGCAGGCGCACACAACAACGGGGAGGACGACGGCGAGGGAUCCUACCGGCUCGGUUUGAGGACGAAGGAGGGGAGGCUCGGGGCUGUGUAGUGCCACGCAACAACGACGGUCGAGUCGAUUGGGGCGCCGGGUCAACGAAGCUCCGACGGUGGCUGUGCUCCUUCUCCUCGUGGCGCUUCUCCUGCUCUGCUACUCGGCAGCGGCGGCGGAAAGGGGAAAACCUCGAGAAGAGGUCUAGGAUUUCGAGGGGCGGCCGAAUGGGGCUUUAUAGGCGCAGCACUAGAGUUGGAGGCACGGCCGAGGGCCGGUGGAUUUUGGCGUCCGAGUUGGAACACAUGGGCGAGGGUGCGGAGCGGGAGCGUGUGCGUAGGUGUCGUGGCCGACAACAGGGCAGGUAGGGGCCAGCGCAGGACGCGACGGGCAGGCGGAGGCAUGCGAGGGAAGAAGAACAGGGUAGGGGCCGUCAAAUGGGGCAGGGCUGUCAGCGACAACGGGUGAGGGAAAGGUGAGGUGGCGGUGUGGGCUGGUGCUGGGCAACGCGGGUCGGGCCAGAGCGGCUUGUGGGCCGCGCGUGAGGUGAACGCUGGUCAAGCAGGCAGGGGCACGAGCUGGGCCGUUGCGGUGUAGGCUGGGUUGGGGUGGUUACGGGUGGUCGGGUUGGGUAGGUUAGCUGGGCUAACCUACCUAGCUACCCACUUGUUCUUGCGAGUUCUUCGAUUUGCUUGCAAGUACCUUUGGACGCUGAAGUCGGAUCGCCAACGUUUCCUCUUUUCCCCCAAAUCGAGUUAUCCAGUUCAUCCCUCACCGAAAGAUCGGGAUUCGCCCUCGGGUGCUCAUCACUGGGUUGGGGUGGUUACGGGUGGUUGGGCUGGGUAGGUUAGCUGGGCUGUGUAAGGGGGUUUGGCCUAGGUUAGGUUAAGGGUUUGGGCUGGCUUUAGGCUUGUUAGAGGUUAGUAUUUGGUUUUAAUUUGAACAGCCUUAUUCAAAUUAAAUUCCAAUUCAAACAAAGAUUCGUCAAAUAGAUUUGAAACAAGGUAGAACAAGAAAUCCAAAUAGUCCAAAUAAUCCACACUAGCAUUAAGGUCCUUAUUAGUAAUUAGGUUUUAAUUACUAGGAAUUUUGAGAGAAAGAGAAGCCAACCUUGCGUUAUUCUAGAUAUUAUCACAAUCACACAAAAAGUUUUGAAAAUUCAUGUUUUUGGAAUUAUAAUAUUCCGUAAAAAAUUACGGGAUGUUAGAGAGAGAGAGAGAGGGGGGGGGGGGGUUGGUAUGGAAAUGGGAUGGAAUGAACUGUCGGUGUCGAUUCCAAGUUCGGGAGAGCAUCACCUGAUCCCGCGCCACAAGCCUUCCCCGGAUCCAUCAUCCACUUCUGUGCGCAUUAUUGUCGCUCGAUCGCUUUCCUUCCAUCAAACCAAGGCAUCAACGAGCUGCAAGCAACUACCACUCCCUCCUCUUUAUCUCUCCUGCCGAUCGAGUGCUCUGAUAUCCCUUCCCUCCCCUCCCCUCAAGAAGGCUCUUUAUCUCCCCUUUGUAUUAAACCACUUAGGUCACCUUCUGCAAGCGUCGCAACGGGCUCCUCAAGAAGGCUUAUGAGCUAUCCGUCCUCUGCGACACCGAGGUGGAGCUCAUCGUCUUCUCCAGCAGGGGCCGCCUCCACGAGUACUCCAGCUACUUAAAAAAGCCAAACAAGGCAUAAAAAGGUGCAAGAAGGCAUCAUCUGGGCCCCACUCUUAGAGCUCAACACGCAGCAGGCACUUGUGGUUGGCGAUUCGGUGGAAAACUUGUCACUUAAAAGCUGAAGCAGCUUGAGAGCCGCCUGGAGCAAGCUAAGGCAUUUCAACUUACGUUCAAGGCAAGGAAGGUAAGAAUGACAGAAUCUACUAAGUUAUCCAAUCCAACCAUGCAUGCAUCUACUUCACACAAAUAAACUAAUCAUAAACAAAGGGUGUUCAAUUCUUCAGAUGGUUUUGUUUAAUAAUUCUUGUGUAUCCAAUCCAACGUACGUCUCUCUCUCUCUCUCUCUCUCUACAUUUGGCUGAGAGGACGUUGCAGCUUGCAACUAUACUGGCCUGACGACCCUAACCUAGUUGUCUAGCAGAAUUUCCCCCCAACCACCAUCAGCUAGAUGCGAACGAACACUACUACAGAAAGAGGCUUUGAUCCUUUACAUUUAUCCCAGCAAAUAUUGGACCCGGGACUAAAGAGCCCUUUAGUCCCGGUUGGGGACGAAAGGACUUUUUAGUCCCGGUUGGAGCCACCAACCCGGACUAAAAAUCCAUCUUUAGUCCCGGUUGGUGGCUCUUAGGAAGCAGUGCUCAAGCAUAUCGGUUUGAGUCCGAGUGGCGGCAUUCUCGAAAAAAAAUACAAUAGAUUAGAAAAUGGAUUCAAUUCGAAAUUUCCAAUUUUGUAAAUGGGACCUUAUCCUUAUGCUAUUUGCAACUUUAGAACAUAUACUAACUCAUAUCUCUUUCUCAACCAUUUCAAUUGUGAUUACGAUUCAUUUGAUAACCUUAUUAGUUCGUGAACAUAGGGGAUUACGUGAUUCGUCAGAAAAAGGAAUGAUAACGACUUUUUUCUCUAUAACAGGAUUUUUAGUUUCUCGUUGGGUUUCUUCGGGACAUUUUCCAUUAAGUAAUUUAUAUGAGUCAUUGAUCUUCUUUUCAUGGGCUCUGUAUAUUCUUCAUACUAUUCCUAAGAUACAAAACUUGAAAAAUGAUUUAAGCACAAUAACUACACCAAGUACUAUUUUAACGCAAGGCUUUGCCACGUCGGGUCUUUUAACUGAAAUGCAUCAAUCCACAAUAAUAGUACCUACUCUACAAUCUCAGUGGUUAAUGAUGCAUGCCAGUAUGAUGUUACUAAGCUAUGCAACUCUUUUGUGCGGAUCCUUAUUAUCCGCCGCUCUUUUAAUCAUUAGAUUUCGAAAGAAUUUUGAUUUCUUUUUAAAUUUUAAAAAGAAAAAAAUUAAAACAUUUUUCUUUAGUGAGAUUGAAUAUUUGUAUGCAAAAAGAAGUGCUUUAAAAAAAACCUCUUUUCCCGCAUUUCCAAAUUAUUACAAAUAUCAAUUAACCGAGCGUUUGGAUUCUUGGAGUUAUCGUGUCAUUAGUCUAGGGUUUACUCUUUUAACCAUAGGUAUUCUUUGUGGAGCAGUAUGGGCUAAUGAAGCAUGGGGAUCCUAUUGGAAUUGGGAUCCUAAGGAAACUUGGGCAUUUAUUACCUGGAUCAUAUUUGCAAUAUAUUUACAUAGUAGAACAAAUCCAAAUUGGAAAGGUACAAAUUCUGCACUUGUAGCUUCGAUAGGAUUUAUUAUAAUUUGGAUCUGCUAUUUUGGUAUCAGUCUGUUAGGAAUAGGUUUACAUAGUUAUGGUUCAUUUACAUUACUAUCUAAAUGAUUACAUAACAUAAAACCUUCAUAAAAUGAAGGUUUUUUCCUUUUUUGUUUGAUUUGAGAACCCCUUGAACGUCUUUUCAAGAGGUUCUAAAAAAUUCGAGUCUUUAGUCCCGGUUGGUGGCUCCAACCGGGACUAAAAGUCCAUCUUUAGUCCCGAUGGGUGGCUCCAACCGGGACUAAAGAGCCCAACCCUUUAGUCCCGGGUGGUGCCACCAACCCGGUCCGGGUUGGUGUGACCCUUUGGUCCCGGUCGGUGUUACCAACUCAGACUAACGGCCCCUCCACGUGAUAGUUCAAAAGUAAGACAUCCUAUACUGAGUCACAUGUGUUGCAUAGGUGGGUUGGCAAGAUAAUUGUGCGUGAGGCUAGAGGUCGUGAGAUCGAAUUCCGCAGGGCGCAAAAAAUUUUUUAGCAUCAGGCGUCAGGGAUAUUUAAUCCCGGUUCUACCAUCCGGGACUAAAACCUCUGGGCUUUUGUCUCGGAAGCCUAGUCCCGGUUCCAAAACCGGGACAAAAGGCCCAAUUGUAGUAGUGGAACUAGCACCGCCCUCCCAUAUAUAUUCGCCUGGGAUCUCAUGCAAAGCAACUAGUGGCUAGCUAGGAGAGAUGACACUCAACCUGGGAUCUCAUGCAAAGCAACUAGUGGCUAGCUAGGAGAGAUGACACUCCAUUAUUCCUUUCAUGUCCUCAGUUGAUGAUUAGCAACUAGUGGCGAGGAGCUAGCGCAUCGUAGGUUCUACUCGAGCUACUCUACUUUUGAGCGAGCUGAGCUGCAUCAAGCCUGUCGAGAUCUACUCGAGAUCGAUAUAUAUGAUCCACGUACGCGCGCACUAUAGUCGUUUUGAUUUGACGAGAGGUCCUAAUGACUUUAUGUCCCACUGGCCGGCCAGUAACUCUAUCUGGCCGGAGAGUAUAGAUUUGUCAAUGUAGGGAGCUAGUAUGGAUUUAUGGAUUCCUCCAUUCAACUGAUGUACUAUACGUGUGUAAAGAACGUAUAUUUCCCUGGAGUUCAUGCACUACCAUCAAGUAUAUAUUGCGUCCACCUAGUACAUUUUUCUAACCAUUACAAUACAUCACAUAAUACUCAAAAGCAACCUAUUUCAUUCAUCAGCAACACAUCCAUGGUGAAAGCUACUAAGCUGUUCCUCAGUAGUGUGAUCCUUCUUCUCUAUACUGGCCUCUUCAUCCAAGGUGCAAGUGAGAAUGUUGAUGUCAUGGAACACAUCCCUGUCCGAUCCAUGAAGACACUCGAUCCACGGGUUUCUUUGGCUAACACUAGGAAACUUUGUGGACCAUGUAAUUGUUGCCAGGGGAAUUCUGGCAAAAGCUGCUAUGCUACAAAAUGUUGUUAUUCGGUUACAUGUAACGGAGAGGGACCAACAGGGGGUUGUAUAGAAACAAUCCUAGAUUGCAAUUGUAACAAUUCGUGUAACCUGUGCUUUAAUUUUUACCAUGACAUGUAGAUGCUAAUAAAUAGAAAAUAUUGAGGUGAUCCCAGCCUCUACAUGUCACCACUGCUGUUCUUGUCCAACAUGCGGAUGAUUGGAUUGCUAAUAACUUUGGCAGAUAAAGAGAAUUGACGUGCCUAAAGGUGUUAUUGCAAACCUGUAUAGAACAUGAAUAUGUUUAUUAA